CAGGAAGCUGCGGCCAUUUUGAGAAUUUAUCAUUUCCUGCUUUUAUUCGGAAUCACGGAAGAGGGGAAAGCAUACAAAGAAAAGAUUUGUCAAAAUAUUACAACAAAACAAAAUUAAGUAUUCCACAUUGACCUGUUAAUUCUAUCAGGAAUCCAGACAAGUAAGUAAAGUGCUCAACACACGAUAUGCAGCUUUGAUAUAGCGACCGCUGCUGCUGCUGGCAAUCAUAAACAAAGCAUAGAAGGAUAGUCAUCAGAUUUGACUGGUUUCCACACAAAAAAGUCAUCAUGUCGAACAUGCCACCAAUUCGCCGGACAAUUAAAAAUGUUGUCCGGAAUUAUUCGGAGGCUCAAGUGAAAGUGCGCGAAGCGACUUCAAAUGAUCCGUGGGGUCCAUCGAGUACAUUGAUGGGAGAGAUCGCAGACUUAACAUACAAUGUUGUGGCAUUCACUGAAGUCAUGCAGAUGAUCUGGAAGAGACUAAAUGAUCAUGGUAAAAAUUGGCGCCAUGUGUAUAAGGCAUUGGUAUUAUUAGAUUAUAUUAUCAAAACUGGCAGUGAAAAGGUUGCCCAGCAAUGUAAGGAAAAUAUAUAUGCCAUUCAAACUUUGAAAGAUUUCCAACACAAAGAGGACAAUAGAGAUCAAGGCAUGAAUGUACGAGAAAAGGCAAAACAGCUUGUGGCUCUGUUGAAGGACGACGAGAGGCUACGAAACGAACGUGCAAAAGCACUGAAAGCGAAAGAAAGAUUUGCACAAAGUGCAAUGGGAAUAGGAAGUGAUAACAAGAUUAAGUAUGGUGCUGGAAGUCCAAGUCUAGAGACCAGCUCUGGUGGAUAUGCCGACCCAUACGGAGGAGCUACAGGAGAUGCACUUAGUGGUGGAGGCAGUGAAACUUCAUCUCCAACAGAAGGAACGGGGAGACGCCUGUCGACAGAUGUGGAGUAUGCACGUCCAUCAUCUGUUGGAGAGGAGGAGAUUCAGCUACAAUUAGCACUGGCCAUGAGUAAGGAGGAACACGAUGAAAAUGUCCGCAAACAAAAGUCAGACGACAUCAAACUUCAGAUGGCCCUGGACGAGAGUAGAAAACAAGCUGUGGAAGAAGAAAGGAAGAAGGAGACAAGUAACAAGACUGAUCCAACCAAGACCACGAAGGCCCCGCCAUCAGAUCCCUGGGGAAUUCCAGCCCAACCAGCUCCCACAGACCCUUGGGGAAGUCCCCUGCCAGGACCACCAGGCCAGGCCCCACGGGCUCAGCCUCCACCCCCUGGUGCCGCGGCAGAUCCCUGGGGAUCACCAGCUAAAGUUCCAGCUCCUGUCAGUAACACGGAUCCUUGGGGAGCCCCAGCACCAGCUCCAGUGAAUGUCAGUCCUGUGCCACCUCCAUAUCCUACAGCCUCCAGUACAGAUCCUUGGGGAACAUCUAGUGGCACGUCCAAUCAGAGCUCUCCGUGGGGAUCACCGGCUCCUCCCCAACAAACAGUCGUGUCUGACCCUACACCAUUUGAUUCCAACUUCACAGCGUCCGGGGGCCCGCAAGUCACAAACGGAUCAGGGGUGGAUGAUGCGUUUGAUCUGAUUGGCAAUAGAAGUGCUGGAAGUUCUCCUGCUAAAACUAAUAAAGAGUUGGAGGCUUUUGAUCCUUUAGGGGAACCAAAGAAGGAAGAUGCAUGGAACAUGGGUGGUAUGAAUGACGGACUGACCAAUGUCCAGCAACAACAACAGAAACAUAGAAAAACUCCACAGGAGUUCCUUGGGGACAAUGCCAGUCUAGUCAACCUCGACCAGCUUGUAGCCUCAGAAAAUACUCAAGCUAAAAACCCAUUUGCGGCUAAAACUACCAACCCUUUUGAACUUCAACAGCAACAACAACAACAGAUGACUAGAAUGACCCUUAAUCAGAUGCAGACAAAUACAUACAAUUCUGGAUUCUCACAGCCGAGUUCUUCAACCCUACUACCAAAUCCCCUCGUUCCAAUGAAUAAUGGCUCUAUGCAAUCACAGAACCCCUUCUUAUGAAAAUGUGAUACUAUAAGAUUAAUAUAUUGAUGAAUUUGUAAUUAUUAUAAAUAUAUAUAUAUAUGAUUGAGUUGUCUGUAUGUUGUAGUAUCCCAUACCACAUGGUGUACACAAUCUUUGUAAAGCGAUGAAUCAGAUUUCACAUUUUUAUCUGUUAUUAGGAAAAGGAAUUAUUAUAAAAGUGAAAUGAACUGAAUAUGUUCCAUGCAUUUUGUGAUGAUUGGUAAAAUGAACUGAUUUUUGCCCAGCCUGUUUUGAUGUUAAUGUGUUUUUUCAUGCUUCAUUUGCAGUUUAAGUGACCCAGUGUAAAUUUGAGCCUCGGAAAAUUAAGCAGCAUUAACUUGUAAAUGUGUAACUUAUAAAUGUGAAUGAAUGCGUUUAAGAAAAUAAAAUUAAUGUUCGAAAAUAUUUAAAGUUGAAAACAUUAGAAAGAAUGAUUAAUCUCAAAGAAAAUCUAAUUAUUGGGGCAUAUUCUUGCUUGGAAUUUAUUAUGAUAUCAAAUUUUUAAAAAUAUGAUUUCCCUCAAGAACAUAUAAAUUGUGGGGUGCAUAAUUUUGUUUUGCAUUUCAAUAUUAUUGUUUAUUCUGCAAGGAUGAUUUUGUUUGUGAUAAAGAUUAAGGUAAAGUUUGUGGUGUUGAUGAAUGGCUUUCCGUUUAAGUGCUGUAGAUGAACAAAAGAAUGACAAAAUGUUAUUACGUUAAUUUUGUUGUCAAACUUACCAGAUAAUUGUUUUUAUUUAUUUGUUACUCUCUGUGUGUUCGUGUUUAAAAAGUUUUGUUUUUGUAUCAUCUGAUGAUGUAAACUAGUUUUAGCAAACGUAAGAUGAAAGUAGACUUUUAUUUGUCAAAGGUAAUGUACAAUAACUGAAGGAAGAAAGCGGCAUUUGAAGAACAUCUAGUCCAUAUAUGUAUAUAUACCAGAUACUAUUGUGAUUCAUUUUCAUUUUGUUCGAACGAUAUUGUGGUAUAUUGUACCUAUUCAGAGCUAGUAAAUUUUAAAGUAUUUCAAUGAUAUUGAAAAUUAAACUUUAUGAUUUAAGGGAGCAUGGUAUUACAGGGUAUAAUGAAAUUGAUAUUUUUUUAUUUAAUCAUUUUUGAUAAAAAUCAAUCAUUGUCCAACUCGGUAUUUUGGAGUAUAGAUUAUUUCAUCAUUUUCAAAUCGACUUUGGACACAUGUUUGUGUGGAGAUCAAAGAAACAGAGCACAAAUGUGAUGAAAUAUGGUUCACGAAAAAAAUAAUAAUACUGACAAAAACGAAACCAUAACCGAUUCAGUGAUUCAAAAUUUCUCUUUGUAAUAUUUUGAAAUAUAUGUAGUU